CCAAUUUUUCCACAAAGAACUUGCAAAGCGAUUGUCAGUUUUAUACAUAUUUUCCUAUUUUAAAUGCAAGUAAAAAAAUUAUGUAUAUAUGGGGCACUGGCAACCUUUACACGGUAUCAAUGCGCAUAUAUAAAAGUUAUACAUUUUUGGUUAUAAUGCGCCGACUUUUUUUACUUUGUCGCAAACACCAUUUUUUGUUUUACUUUUAUUGCAACUAUUUUCUAAAAGUUUAUAAUAUAUUUUUUCUCUAAUUUCACUCUUUUCUUGCCAGCAGCUUGGCAUUAAUACUAUAUAAAAACAUGGGCAAUCGUAUAUCGUUCACAAUCACAGAGAGCGAGCUGCUACGCCAACAUUUUGGCAGUAUAUCAAAAAUGCCUUUGGAUCCACGAGGCAAAGCAGACGCAAUUAUGCUGGUUGUCCUCACGACAGUUUACUCGCUGAGUUUUCUGGCAGUAUUCUAUUUGCUGUGGAACAGAAACUACCCACCACUGAGGGCAAAAAGUCCAGUACUCAUGGCUCUGAUUAUGGCGGUAGCAGUGCUGUGGUUUGUUGGCGAUAUCCAAACCCACGGACAUAUACCCUUGGCAAAUACGCCGUUGGUCAACUGCAAGGCGUUUGGAAUCUGGUUGCGGAUCUUGCUGGGCUCGUGCGGCCUAUGUUCUCUGAUUUCAUUGCGGGCACACGGAUUGCACCGGGUGUUUUUUCUGCACAAGCCAUAUCACAGCUUGGGGCUUUAUGUGCCGUUUGCCAUCUACUGGAUUUGUGUACUUAUAUUUGGUCUGAUUUCACAGUUCAUGAAGCCCGCCAAGACGGUCCAGUAUAUUGCAAAGUUGGAUAUGUGCCACUUUGAAGCAGGAUAUAAGGCGGCAUUGUUUUCGUUUUUGUGGCUGACAUUUUUUAUUGUCAUGGUAACUCACUGGAGGAUUCGCAACAUCAAGAGCUCGUUCAAUGAGAAGCGCGAGAUGAUUAUUGCAUGCACGACUAUGUUUAUCAUAUUUGUGUAUGUAACGAUAAUGAACUAUUUACUCCCAAAGUACCCCUUGAAUGUCCACCUGCGUAUAGUAAACACGUCCAUCGACCACAUUGCAAUCAAUUCACUGUGGUGGCUUAUAAUGGGGCUGCCCUUGUUUAAGUCUGUGUUUAGCCGGCAGCAGUAUCUCUAUAUAUGGAUUAACAAACUGCGCAAGGACGGGCUGCAGAAAGAGUACGAUAUCGAUUCAGACGUAACCCUAGUCAAUGAGCACAGAUAUUCGUACACUUACGAUAAACGCAAAUCACAGAUGUUGCUAAACACAACUGGGAUCAAGGAUGGCAGAGCUUUUUACGCAAUGGACAAUAAUUUUCACAAUAGCAAGGACGCUGAUUUUAGAGAAAGUCCACGCUCAGAAUUUUUUGGUACUCCUGAUGGUUGCUCGCUGGAAGAUCAAAGCAUUGCAUACGGACAGGCCGCGUGGUUGCCAGCUGCAGAGGAGCGUCACCAAGAGGACAUUCUAAUGGAGGCAGUGACGGAGUUAUCAGAUGUCAAUCAUGGGUGCGACGCGAGGACAAUCAGCCGUCAUGGGCGCAACCAUCGCCAAGGCACAGGUCCCCAUCACAAGGAGUGAGAAAGUAUGAUAAUCAUGCUUCUAGUUCUGACCGUUACAUAGUGCCACCAGCCGCAUUACAUUCAUACGCGCCCAUAUCUAUUCCUAAAGCUGCAGCCAUAACGUCUAGCAAAUUAGGCAAACCCUAUUGCAAUUCCAUAGGCCACUCCGAUUCCAACAAGUGCUCUCCAGUCUAAAUUUUGAUAACAUAUAAUAUAAUCAUGAG